CAAAACAUUCCAUCGGACCUGCAGCGAGAAGCACACACACUCUCGCUCUCCCUCCGAUCCCGACCAGCAGCUGCUCAGUGUAAUUUUGCGUAUUUUAACCACCUGUGUGUAUCUCUUCUCGUGUCCAUUUUUGCGGGAUCAAUUGAUAAGAUUAGAGCGGGAGCUGCUGCAGAAAGUAAUAAGUGGUGUAUCGGGUUCGGGGUGACCGGUUGCCUCACGACUCGGCAUCAGUGAGCAAAGAUCAUUUUAGGCAACGAGUUGCAUGAUCCUUAGUUUAUCGUUCGGACUACGUACGACACACAAGAUGAGCAAAAUGUUGAACGAAAUCUGUGAUAUGCUGGACGGAUAUACCGGCCGAGAUAAGAUUAUUCGCACACUAUGCUACACCACAAAGCUAGCCUCGGGGCUGUAUGCACAAUCCGACCCGGGGCGUGCCAAAAAACUGGCCAUAUUUAGCUCGAAAAUGUCCCAAACACGUGCCACGCUGCGCCUGUUCGACGAUUUGCCCAUGCUGGCGUACAGUCUGAGCUACGGCUGUGGCAGCAAGGAGCCGGACCGCUGGAUGGGUCUGAUCGGAUUCGUCACGAAUCUGAUCGAUCACGCGUACUACCCGGUGGACAAGAUCUGUUGGCUGAUCGAGCACAAUCUGCUGAACGUGGAGAACCCGACCCGGUGGGACACGAUCAACUCGAUGCUAUGGGUCGCAUCGAUUUACCUCAAUCUGAUGAAAACCAUCCGGAGCUUCACUGUGAUGGAACAGCAUAAAUCAUGCAUCGAUAAAAAGGAAAAUGAAAGCAGCCAAGCGUUCCGCAUGUUGCUGAUAAAACAGCGCAUGGAGGCGAUAUCGAUAUUGCGGCUGUCGCUGGAUCUGGUUCAUGCCGGCAGUACCCUGCCCAAGGGUAUGCUUUGGGGUGGCCGUUUCCAAACCUGGCACGUAGGACUGAUUGGUAGCAUUUCCUCGCUGCUGGGACUCUACCAGUAUGUGGCUAAGAAGCGAAUCGUUAAGCAGAGUUCCUAGGCGAUUACCUUCGCGUACCAACACAACACCUCCAUCCAGACGGCGAUCGAUUGCGUGCCCACCCGAGAAGAGUGUAGCGAACAUUCAUUUACAUCUAGAAGAACUGCUUUCAUUUUGCUUUCCCGAAGGGACCUCUUAAUGGAUAAGAUAUAUAGGACAGGAAAAACGCACAUCUACUUUUGCCUUAAUAUGGAGUUUAAAGCUAAAUUGUAGAAUCAUUACCUUUUAGUUUAAUAAUUGUUUAGAUUAUACGGGUCCUGCAAUUGUUUGCUGUAAGAAAAAUAUGCUAAUGUCUUUUGUAAAAAAAUGUAACAAAACAAAACUCUAGUCAGUUAUUUGACUUGUAAAUAAAUCUUUUAUUUUGAAACAAUUUGUGUCCAUAUUCAUGAUACAGAGAGAUGAUACAAACAAAAGCAAACAAAAAACUGCACUAUGUCUGUAGUAUUUUUUUCUUAAAGUUUCUUAAAGUAAUUAAAUGAGACCGCCCAAAGAACGCAGGGGUAAAUUUGAUGAAAUCUGUAUGUUUUAUUGAUUCUUUUUUAUUUGUAUUUGGUGUGUAUUGAAACGUCAGGGGCUUCCUUUGUUUGUUAGGAAUAAAUAGCAGUAGUAGUAGUAGUAGUAGUAGUGGUAGUAAUAGUAGUAGUACUUGCUACUUGUUAUUGUUUCAUAUUUCUUAUUGUUUUGCGUUAAUACAAAGUCCAUUUUUGAUCA